AUGUGUUUUGAACAAGUUAAUCAACAGACCUUUUCUGGUCGCGUUAUAGAAAAAAUACUGAAAAACGUCUCAAAACCCAAGUGUGUUUUAGAAACCCUAAAAGUCGAUAUAUUAGAACAAGUCAUCAAUGAGAAUAAUUUGGUGGAUAAACCAUCCCAAAUAUUUAAUUGUGAUGAAUCGGAUUUUGCUGAUAAUACAGAUACCACAAAAGUUAUAGUAUCUAAUCCGACAAAAUUUCCAUAUAAGAAACAAGAUGGCACAGGAAAAUCAUAUUAUUCGGUAUUGUUUUGUGUUAGUGCCGCUGGCGUUAUUUUACCACCUUAUAUAAUAUACAAAGCCAAAAGAUUGUAUGGUGAUUGGUGUCUUCACGGACCACCAGGUGCCGCAUAUAAUACAUCGAAAAACGGCUGGAUGGAAGAAAAUGUUUUUUAUGAAUGGUUUAAACAUUUAUUUAUUCCUCAAACUGCCACAACACCGAAACCAAUUUUAUUAAUAUUAGAUGGUCAUACAUCUCAUCAUAGCGUUCAUACAGUUGAAUUAGCCAUUGAAAACAAUAUCAAUUUAUUAUGUAUACCACCACAUUCGACGCAUAUUGUUCAACCACUGGAUGUUACAUUUUUCAAGCCUAUCAAACAAAAAUAUCGAGAAAUUCUCAAUGAAUAUUCUCAAACAUCUUGUUAUACGAAGAUUUUAAAGUGUAAUGAACAAAUUGCAGCUGAUAUUGCUGAAACCAACGACAACCAACAAAACCCAUUUGACUCAGCAGCGGAAGAUGAGGAAGACGUAUCUUCUAACCCAAUUCCUUCUACCACUACUCAGCUAUUCAUGACAAAAGCUCAUGAUGACGAUGGUAUACAAGAUCUUAUACCACCAAUCAAUACCAGCGCGUGGGAUCAUGAAUGGGAGUUUAAUAGAUAUCUACCGAGUGCUGCUUUCGAGCAAUAUUUUCCAUUUCUAGUCGAUAUUCCAUUAGAUUUAUCUCGACCAACAAAAUCAACUAUUAAAAUUUUAUCUUCAACAUCUGCACCACCAUUAAAGCGAGUUGUUCUUGAUCGACAGGCUGGCCAGCUUUUAACAGGCCAACAAGCCUUAGAACAAUUGAAAGCGAAGGAAGAACGUAAAGCUACUGCAAAAUCAGCCAAAUCUAAACGAGAAAUAACAUCAACUAAAAAAUGUUCCUCAACAAAAGCAAAAAUGAAGAAAAAAGUAACGAUUAUCGAUGAUAUUUCGAUGGAUACUAACGAGUCAUCAACUACCAUAGUUUCUGCUCCAAAGACAUUAUCGACAACAGUCAGAAUUCCCACUUCACUCACUCAUGUAUUAAUGACUACUCCUGUUACAACCACAUACACGUCAUUGUCAAACAUGCCACAAUCGUCACUCACCGAUUUACCAUUGUCAUCUUAUUUUUCACCUGAUCCAUGGCAUCCUGCACCAGGUACGAUCUCAAGUACCAGUUGUCAACCUUAUGCAUCAUCGAGUCUGUUAUCAUUAUCAACUAAUCCAUUUCCAUUACCUAUUCAAAUUCCAAAAUCUUUUAAGUGUCAUUAUCAGUCUAAUAAUCUUAUUCGUUAUACAUCAUGUACCAAGUACGUUGCCUAA